AAAGCAUCAAACUUAUUGCUUUUCCUAUUUCGAAUGUGGUUUUAUUUUUCAUAACUUUCUGAUUUUAAGUUUAGUAGUAUUUACUAUCGUUUUUGCAUUAUCCAAAACAUUAUGGAAUCUGGAAAACGCUGUAAAAAUUUUUCUGAAAGAGAGAAGAUGCUGCUUAUUGAAGUAGCCAAAGAAUUUGUGGCUAUAAUAGAUAACAAAAAGACGGACGGGACCACUGUAGAGGCCAAGAAGCAAGCUUGGAUGGCGCUUACAAACAAAUAUAAUGCUCUCUCUGAAACGGGAAUUAGGACUGAGAAGCAAUUACAUGCAUUGUACGACAACUUAAAGAAAAAAGCUAGAAAAAAUUUAAGCAAUGAUAAGUCCGAGAUGUACAAGACAGGAGGUGGAACAUUUUGUCCUAAGACAACUAACCAUUUGCCAAGCAUUUUGCCAAACCAUUGCCUAAUUAUUUUGACUCGUCAGCACCAUAUUAUAACAUAGAUAUUGUUGAAACACAAUUAUAUUAAAUAAUACACAGGGUUCUUCUGAAGACAAAUGCAUAGUAUUGGGUGCAAAAGAAGAUUCUGUGCAUGAAAUCCUUUUAAGUCCUCAACAAGUUGAAGGUUGCAAAAGAAAAGUUUCACCUCUUCUGAAAGAUGUUGAAAGCACACUGUUCGCGACGGUUUAAAGACUUUAAGCAAAAAGUGAUUAAAGAAUAUUAAAGUGUUUUAAAAAGUGAAAUUAGCGACAAAAUCGAACUAAUUGUGUUUUAAUAUAGUUUUACAGUAUGUUUACAACUCGUAAUAUAUUUGUAUAAAGUAUCGUUUUAAUAAUAAGUUGAUAUAAACGACUUUAAACAUUAAAUAAAAUUUCGACCAAUCACAGCGCAGCAUAUCGUGGAACUUUCUAGAAGUUAAUUAACUGCGCAAUAGUUUAUAUGAAAAUAAUGAGAAUAUUUUUAUGUUCUGAAAGAAUUGUAAAUACGAUAUUUAGUUAGCAUAUGGUAUAUAGAUUGAAAUAAGUAAAUAGAUAAUUUAUGUAAAUAAACGCAUUUGAGAAAUAUAGUAAAAUUAAAGAUUUAAUGUGCACUUUUGUUAUGUAAAUUAGGUACAUUUUGAUUAAUAACUUUUUUGAAUGUAAAUAUAUCAAGUAACCCUUAUCACAUAAUGAUAAAGGACCAAAAUGCCUAUUUUAAAGUGUAUAGCGUGUUAAUGUAAAAAUUAGCAUUAUAUAGAAAAAUUGCGAUUUGUGCAAAUUACGUAAUGAAAAUGUUUGAUAAUAAAAGGGCAAAACCGGAAAUUGGCAAGCGGCUCUCUAUAGAGUAUAGCCGAAGUCUACCUUAUGGGGGCAAAUCACAGUAACAUUGUAGUAGGAAGAACUACCAGUAACAAGCAGUAGUAUCCGGUAGUAGCUGAAGUGACUAGUAGCAGAACACAGUGAAAAGUUAUAGUGAAAUAGAAAAAGUUUAGCUAGCCGAAAAAGGUCGUAACUGAAAAAUCGCAGUUACACAUAGUCGAAAAAAGUGGCAACUAAAAAUUCUCAGUUGCAUAUAGUAAAAUAGUGUUAGCUAGCUAAAAAGAGUGGUAACUGAUAUUCGCAGUUACAUAUAGUGAAAAAGUGUUAGCUAGCCGAAUAAAGUGGUAACGGAAAUUUCGCCGUUACAUAUAGUGAAAAGUGUUAGCUAGACGGAAAAAGUGGUAACUGAUAUUCGCAGUUACAAAAGUGUUAAAUUCAACUAAUUUUAGUUGAUUAAUAGCUGCUAGUCAGUAGUGUUAGAAAACCAGCUGCUACCAAUAGAAAUUUUGGAUACUACCAAUAGAAAUUUGUUACUUUCAAUAGAUAUUUAAAAUUACCAAUAGAAAUAGUAGAAAAUACCAAUAGAAACUUGAUACUGCCAAUAGAAAUUUGAUAUUACCAACAGAUAUUUUGAAAAUACGAAUAGAAAUUUUAAAAAACCAAUAGAAAUUUUAAUAUUACUGUGUGUUUAAUUAAAUCUGUGUUUUAAAAUAUAUAGUGAACAAUCAUAGUUGAAAAACAGUGUUAAAUAAAUAAAUAAGUUAUAAUAUUUCGUAACUAAUUAAUCAGUCGAACCGCUGGCCACUCCCUUGCUAUUUUAAUUUAUAAAUCGUGCAUUUUUAAUUCUGAACCUCAGUCCACAGUUCUCCAACAGCAUAUACAAAGGCGGUAGUGAAAGUAUCCACCGGAACCUAUAGGUGUAGGACGUGAGCGGCUCGCGGAGUAUCUUCGACAACAUUUACUCCGGAGAGUUACGCCCGUCCGGCACACACACCAAAAAAGAAGAUUUGUUUAACUG